CAAUUUUAUUGCAGAUUUUUUUACAGUAUAAAAAAACCCCAAAAAAUAGAAAAAAAAAAUGGAGAUAGCUAGUGGUCCAAUUUCUUCGUGCUCUAAAGAACACCAGAAAGUUUAUCAGCAAUGGUUUAUAGUUGCAGAUUCAGAUGGAGAUGGUCGUAUAACUGGAAAUGAUGCAACGAAGUUCUUUGCCAUGUCUAAUUUGUCUCGAUCUGACCUUAAGCAGGUUUGGGCGUUUGCAGAUACCAAGAGGCAGGGUUACUUGGGCUUUAAAGAGUUUGUUGGUGCAAUGCAGCUUAUAUCUUUGGCUCAAGCUGGACAUGAGCUGACUUCUGAUCUUCUUAGUAAUGCAGUUAUGGAGGACAUUCAACUCCCGGUUUUGGAAGGGCUGGAUGCUUUACUAGCUAAGAAGAAAAAGACCACGGCAACGUAUGUUGAACCUGAAAUAAAUGGAUCUCCUCCGUCACCAGCUACAUCAGCUUGGUUUAGUUCAAAAUCCUCAAAGAAGGUACCUCUUAGUGCAGUAACUUCCAUAACUGAUGGUUUGAAGAGACUGUACUUAGAAAAGCUGAAGCCACUGGAGACUACCUAUCGCUUUCACGACUUUGUAUCACCAGCGCUGACAAACAGUGAUUUUGAUGCUAAACCAAUGGUUAUGUUGUUGGGACAAUAUUCAACUGGGAAAACUACGUUCAUAAAGCAUUUGCUGAAAUGUGAAUAUCCAGGAGCACAUAUUGGACCAGAGCCUACAACAGACCGUUUUGUUGUUGUCAUGUCUGGUCCUGAUGAGAGGAGCAUUCCUGGAAACACAAUUGCUGUCCAAGCGGAUAUGCCAUUCAGUGGUCUCACAAACUUUGGAGGGUCAUUUUUAUCAAAAUUCCAGUGCUCACAAAUGCCACAUCCUCUGUUGGAGCACAUAACUUUUGUUGACACACCUGGGGUUUUGUCUGGAGAGAAGCAGAGAACUCAGAGAAGCUAUGACUUUACUGGGGUUAUAUCAUGGUUUGCAGCGAAGUGUGACCUCAUUCUUCUCUUGUUUGAUCCUCACAAGCUUGACAUAAGCGAUGAAUUUAAGCGGGUAAUUUCAUCCUUACGUGGUCAUGAUGACAAGAUCCGUGUUGUUCUAAACAAGGCUGACCAAGUUGAUACUCAGCAGUUAAUGAGAGUAUAUGGUGCAUUGAUGUGGUCACUUGGGAAGGUCCUAAAUACCCCUGAGGUUUCCCGUGUUUAUAUCGGUUCAUUCAAUGACAAGCCUAUCGACGCAGAAGCAGUUGGUCCCAUGGGAAGGGAUCUUUUUGAGAGAGAACAGAAUGACCUUCUAAAUGAUCUGAAGGAUAUCCCCAAGAAAGCUUGUGAUAGACGCAUAAAUGAAUACGUUAAACGUGCCAGAGCUGCUAAAAUCCAUGCUUACAUAAUCAGUCAUCUAAAGAAGGAGAUGCCUUCCAUGAUGGGGAAAGCUAAAGCUCAACAACGGCUAAUUGAUAACCUUGAAGAUGAAUUUGCUAAAGUUCAGAGGGAAUUUCAUCUACCAGCAGGUGAUUUUCCAUAUUUGGAACAUUUUAGGGAAGUUCUAGGUGGCUACAGUAUCGACAAAUUUGAGAAGUUGAAGCCGAAGAUGAUUCAAAAUGUUGAUGAUAUGCUUGGCUAUGAUAUUCCGGAGUUACUAAAGAAUUUCAGAAACCCGUAUGAAUGAAUGCAACUAAAACCUUGGCAUUAAGAGAAGCAAACUUAUGGCUACAUCACGUGGCUUGUGUAGAUAAUUUUGUGGUAUGCUUAGAACUUAUAGUAAGUUAAUGGAAUCUUAUGUUUUGCUCUUGCUCAGAGGCAAGCUGAGUCUCCAUUAUUCAGUAUUUGCAAUCGCAACUGUGAUUGAUGAACAAUUGCUUGGUAAUUUACAUCAAGUUUUUUUUGCCAUAACCAAGUGAAAUACUUGACAUUGAACUUCGAUGCUUAUAUAUAUAGAGGUUCGCUGUUAUUUAA